UAUCUCUUUUAUGAAGUAUGAUUGCAUAGGUUUUCUGUUAUCUUUUAUUGGUUUGUGUUAGUUAUCUUAAGAACAAAUCUGUUUACUUAAGAUUACUUGUUCUUGUGUUCAUAUCUGUGAUUGGGUCCAAGCCUCUGCUUACUCAUGGUUUCCAAUGCUAUAAGCACCAAUUUGUAAAGGAUGCCACUGCUCAUCUUUAUCAUUUAAUCCGAGCUACAGUAAUGCUUUGCCUUUUUAUGCCUGACUGACGUAAAUUGUGUGAUGAAUUGUUUAUAAAUUUGCGGUUUGUCUUCUUAGUUCCUCUUUUAUCUGAAUUAGUAUUGACUAGGAUGCGAGGUUUGCAUGAAUUACUUUUUCGGGGCUUAGUGGUUGCUAUAUUCAUAAAUUAAUGUUUGCCGAUAUGCCAUUGUGCCAUUUGUUCAGGUCAUUGCUGCUGUUUUAUAUAUUUAUAUGAUCGGAACAUAACGAGACACUGGGUCUUUGUUGUGCGCUCUGUUAUCCUGUAUCAGAACAAAACAAAUCUACAUAUAUAUCUUAUUCUCUAACUCAGUUCAGAAUGUGUUUAAAUGAUCAUGGCUUUUUCUUAUUCGCUUAGAUGACUGUGGCAUCGUGUUGGUCCUUGAUUUUAUCUAUAUUUAGUUUCUGUUGAGCAAUUUUUUAUAUUCCACCAUAACAAGAUGUCACGGUUAUGUUGUUUUUCCUGCAUUAGGAAUGGACCACUAUGCCAUGCCAGCGCCGAGAAGGGGUGAGAUGAAGCAUAAAGGAAGAAAUGUAGUUUGGUCGGUUGCAAUGGACAAGUGUCUUAUUGAAGCUCUGGCCAUUCAGGCUAAAAACGGCAAUAAGAUAGACAAAUGUUUCAACGAAAACGCAUAUACAGCUGCUUGUAUUGCCGUGAAUUCUUGUUUUGAUUUAAACUUGAACAAUCAAAAAGUUGUGAAUCGCCUUAAGACGAUUAAGAAGAGGUACAAGAUAAUGAGAGAUAUGCUAAGUCAAGAUGGAUUUGGGUGGAAUUCGAAUACAAAAAUGAUCGAAUGUGACAAUGAAGAUCUCUGGAAGAGCUAUGUGGCGGAACAUCCUGAUGCAAAAGGGUUCCGAAGAAAACCGAUCGAGAUGUAUGAUGAGCUAAAGAUUGUUUGCGGAAAUUACCAAGCACCUAGUCGUUGGGCGAAGAUGAAGGAUGGAAGUCAUCCGGCAAGCUAUAAGAACUUAGAAGAAGAUUCUGCCUCUUUCGUAUCACCGAGUUCAUAUGAGGCAAGUGAUACCGAUGGAACACAGUCAUAUACCGGUCCCCCGGAGUAUUUGCAAGACGGAAGUCAAGACCCUCCUGCAAUGGAGCCUUCCAAACAACUUCCAAAGCGACCGUGUGGCUUGGGUUCGGUUCAAGAGGCAAUGCUUGCAGUGGCAUUCAGCAUUCGACGGUUGGCCGAUGUCAUCGAGCAGAGUAAAACUACAAUCAAUGCCUCGGAAUUGUUGGACGCAGUUAUGGAGAUCGAUGGGCUGGAAGAAACUAAGCAGAUGUACGCAUUCGAGUAUUUGAAUGCCGACCCUAUCAAAGCGAGGGCCUUCAUGACAUACAAUGUUCGGAUGAGGAAAACAUAUUUGUUUAGACAGUUUUGGUGGUGGAAAUGAUCGGACCGGGGAUCGGAACUGCAAACGUUUUCGGUAUAUAAUCUACAAUAGCGUGGGAAUAGUUAUGUUUCAACCCCUACAAUCCCUCUUGGAAAGGUUGGGUGACCUAGUUGUUGGUGCAUAGGCUUAUAUUGAAAAUCCUCCGAUUUAACUUCAUUUUAUAAUAGAUUAAACUCAAUCGGAUCUAAAAUGUUA